GAUUGGCCGCGCGCGGGCGCCGUCGCGCGGCGGCGGGUCCCUGCCGCGGGCUGGCGGGCUGAAGGCAAGGAAGAUGGCGGCGGCGGCGGCGGCUGGCGCGGCCUCCGGGCUGCCGGGUCCCGUGGCGCAAGGGCUGAAGGAGGCGUUGGUGGACACGCUCACCGGGAUCCUGUCCCCCGUGCAGGAGGUGCGGGCGGCCGCCGAGGAGCAGAUCAAGGUGCUCGAGGUGACGGAGGAAUUUGGUGUUCACCUAGCAGAGCUGACCGUAGAUCCCCAGGGAGCACUGGCAAUCCGUCAGCUGGCAUCAGUCAUUUUGAAGCAAUAUGUGGAAACUCACUGGUGUGCCCAAUCAGAGAAGUUUAGGCCUCCUGAAACUACAGAAAGGGCAAAAAUUGUUAUCCGGGAGCUAUUGCCCAAUGGGUUGAGAGAAUCAAUAAGUAAGGUGCGCUCCAGUGUGGCCUAUGCAGUGUCAGCCAUCGCCCACUGGGACUGGCCCGAAGCCUGGCCGCAGCUCUUUAACCUGCUCAUGGAGAUGUUGGUGAGCGGAGACUUAAAUGCAGUCCAUGGAGCCAUGCGUGUGCUGACAGAAUUCACUCGAGAAGUAACAGACACCCAGAUGCCACUUGUUGCUCCUGUCAUUCUCCCAGAGAUGUAUAAGAUCUUCACGAUGGCCGAGGUGUAUGGUAUUCGAACCCGUUCCCGAGCAGUGGAGAUUUUUACCACUUGUGCCCAUAUGAUCUGUAACAUGGAGGAACUAGAAAAGGGUGCAGCCAAAGUUCUGAUCUUUCCUGUGGUGCAGCAGUUCACAGAGGCCUUUGUUCAGGCCCUCCAGAUUCCAGAUGGCCCCACGUCUGACAGUGGGUUUAAGAUGGAAGUCCUAAAGGCAGUGACAGCCCUGGUGAAAAACUUCCCAAAGCACAUGGUUUCCUCCAUGCAGCAGAUUCUACCUAUUGUUUGGAACACCCUAACUGAGAGUGCAGCUUUUUAUGUGAGGACAGAAGUAAAUUACACAGAGGAAGUUGAAGAUCCUGUGGAUUCUGAUGGUGAAGUCCUGGGCUUUGAAAAUCUUGUCUUUAGCAUUUUUGAGUUUGUCCAUGCUCUCCUAGAAAAUAGCAAAUUCAAAAGCACCGUUAAGAAAGCCUUGCCUGAGUUGAUUUACUAUAUAAUCCUGUACAUGCAGAUCACUGAGGAGCAGAUUAAAGUAUGGACAGCCAACCCCCAACAGUUUGUAGAAGAUGAGGAUGAUGACACUUUCUCCUAUACAGUUAGGAUUGCAGCUCAAGACCUAUUGCUGGCUGUGGCCACUGAUUUCCAGAAUGAGAGUGCAGCAGCCCUGGCUGCUGCAGCCACUCGCCAUUUACAAGAAGCUGAGCAAACCAAAAACAGCGGCACUGAACACUGGUGGAAGAUACAUGAGGCAUGCAUGCUUGCCCUCGGCUCAGUGAAGUCCAUCAUCACUGACAGUGUGAAGAAUGGCAGGAUCCAUUUUGACAUGCAUGGGUUCCUGACUAAUGUCAUCCUUGCAGACCUCAACCUUUCAGUGUCUCCUUUUCUCUUGGGCCGAGCACUUUGGGCUGCCAGUCGGUUCACUGUUGCUAUGUCCCCUGAAUUGAUCCAGCAGUUUCUACAGGCAACAGUUAGUGGUCUUCAUGAGACACAACCCCCAUCGGUUCGAAUUUCUGCCGUGAGAGCCAUCUGGGGUUAUUGUGACCAACUGAAAGUCUCGGAGAGUACCCACGUGCUUCAGCCCUUCCUCCCCAGUAUCCUGGAUGGCUUAAUUCACCUAGCGGCCCAGUUCAGCUCAGAGGUCCUCAACCUGGUGAUGGAGACCCUGUGCAUCGUCUGUACAGUAGACCCAGAGUUCACAGCAAGUAUGGAGAGCAAAAUUUGCCCCUUCACCAUCGCCAUUUUCCUGAAGUACAGUAACGAUCCUGUCGUCGCCUCGCUGGCUCAGGAUAUCUUCAAGGAGCUGUCCCAGAUUGAAGCCUGUCAGGGCCCGAUGCAGAUGAGGCUGAUUCCCACUCUAGUGAGCAUAAUGCAGGCCCCGGCAGACAAGAUCCCUGCAGGACUGUGUGCGACGGCCAUUGAUAUCCUGACCACAGUAGUCCGGAAUACAAAGCCUCCCCUUUCCCAGCUACUCAUCUGCCAGGCUUUCCCUGCUGUGGCACAGUGCACCCUUCACACAGACGACAACGCCACCAUGCAGAAUGGUGGAGAGUGCUUGCGAGCUUAUGUGUCAGUGACGCUGGAGCAGGUGGCCCAGUGGCACGACGAGCAGGGCCACAAUGGGCUAUGGUACGUGAUGCAAGUGGUGAGCCAACUCCUGGACCCCCGUACCUCAGAGUUCACUGCGGCCUUUGUGGGUCGCCUUGUCUCCACCCUCAUCUCCAAGGCAGGGCGGGAGCUGGGGGAAAAUCUGGACCAGAUUCUUCGUGCCAUCCUCAGUAAGAUGCAGCAGGCAGAGACGCUCAGUGUCAUGCAGUCUCUGAUCAUGGUGUUCGCCCAUCUGGUGCACACUCAGCUGGAACCCCUCUUGGAGUUCCUGUGCAGCCUCCCGGGACCUACUGGCAAACCUGCCCUGGAGUUUGUAAUGGCUGAAUGGACGAGCCGACAGCAUCUGUUCUAUGGACAGUAUGAAGGCAAAGUCAGCUCUGUGGCACUGUGUAAACUGCUCCAGCAUGGCAUCAAUGCAGAUGACAAACGGCUACAGGAUAUCCGCGUGAAGGGAGAGGAGAUCUACAGCAUGGAUGAGGGCAUCCGCACCCGCUCUAAGUCAGCCAAAAACCCUGAGCGCUGGACAAACAUUCCUUUGCUGGUCAAGAUCCUGAAGCUGAUCAUCAAUGAGCUCUCCAACGUCAUGGAGGCCAACGCCGCGCGCCAGGCCACUCCUGCAGAGUGGAAUCAAGAUGACUCCAAUGAUAUGUGGGAGGACCAGGAGGAAGAUGAAGAGGAGGAAGAGGAUGGUUUAGCUGGCCAACUCUUAUCUGACAUUCUUGCUACAAGUAAAUAUGAGGAGGAUUACUACGAGGAUGAUGAGGAAGAUGACCCUGAUGCCCUGAAGGAUCCUCUCUAUCAGAUUGAUCUGCAGGCAUAUCUCACGGACUUCCUCUGCCAGUUCGCUCAACAGCCCUGCUACAUAAUGUUCUCAGGCCACCUUAAUGACAACGAGAGGCGGGUUCUGCAGACCAUUGGCAUCUAAAAAAAAAAAAAGGGAGACUUUCCACAUUUGCUCCUCCUGGCUCAGCCACAAACCAUUUUGCAGCCCUUUACUGGCCUCGACAUGUACUUUCUUUUCAACCUAGAGUGGCCUCCUGACUCGGCCCUUGGUCUUUGCAGAGUGACACUGACAAUUCAGACUGAGCUCACCAGUGCUGUCACUUAGGAAGACUGGAACAAAGGACAUUUCUCAAAGUCCCCCUGAAGAUACUCCAUCUCUAGGACCUUUUUCUCCCCAGCUGUGCCCCCACUUCUGUUCCUAGAGUCCUCUGCUGGCCGCUCCCGAAACAUAUUGCCCAGAAGGAUUAUGUGUUCAUGGAUUAUUUUGCCCCACCUCAGGAGCACAGGAAGCCAUGACCAUUUAUAUUCUAAAACAGACCUGUUUACUUCCAUAUAGGACAUCUGAGGUGUUCAGAUAGGAAUACCCUUGAGAGAUGAUUGUGCUUUCUGCCCUCCACCACAGAUGCUCUGGGUUCUCCAUAGGAACGAGGGGAGCAGCUACCUUCUGAGCCCUCUCCAGUGACCUCUCCUUGUCUCCCUCCUACAACACUAAGGCUCCCCUGUCAGAGAGCGUCAUCUUGGUUUUGCCUCAUUGCAUGAUUCAGCACCUCCCCCCAAGCUAUUCCUGCGUAUACAUGCACACACACAAAACAAGCCAGACAGAUGGCAAUUUGUUUUUCCUUUUUUAGGAAAGAAAAAAAAAUGGGAAAAACAUUUUUUAAAGUCCUCCUGACCCAACUAUAUUUAAUAUUCCUCUCCCACACAUCACCACACAGUCUGAUAUUCAAAGGUUACCCCCUCUCCCUCAGGAAUCCUCUAAAGUGGUUAAGUUGUAGCCCUCAAAUUUGCAAUGUGUAUUUUUCUAGGAGAGUAAAGUAAUCUUUACAAAUGAAUUUAGUCUGCAUGGUAUAAGGUGUCCCAGCACAUCUGCCUUCUGUUCCUUUUAGAAGGAAAAUAAAAGUAAGGAAAAAAAGA